UUAUAUAUAGGCGGCCGCCACCAGGUUCAUCCUCAGGCAUACCCCUCUGUUGAUAAUCACAAUCCUGUUCCUGUGAUAUCAUUGCAUUAAUCGAAGAGAUCGGUCUCUCUUUCUACUCAGCAAUUAUCAAAUCUUCUCAACUCCCAUACAAUGCCAUCAUCAAGCAACUCGAGUGCGCGCACUGGCUCUAUCCAGUCGCACGACAGCCCCAAGAACGUGCUACAAAGCAAGGCCGACCCCAAUGCAGCCUUAUAUGAAGCGCAACCCAUGGCCGUCAACGCAGAGCCCGGAACCCGAGACACCUUCUCCCUUCGAAGCAUACAACACAAGGACCGCGAGGGAAAGCUCAUCACUGACCCCGAUCUUUCCAAUCCCACACGAAACCGUCUCGAGCGACCAUUGGAUACAAUCCGAGGAUUCGAGGCUGCAAUUGAAUCCCAUCGCAAGCAGAACCGAAUGUGAAAUGGCUGCGGAAAUACACGAAAGAAUAAUACCGAGAUCGAAACGAAGGGAUGUUAAUGAUAGUAAUGC